AUGUCUCUCAGGUUGUCGGUACUUGUUCUAAUCGCAUUUGCCUUUGCAAUUGUGAUUUCCUCUGAUGAAACUAGAAAGAAAACCCCAGAGGUUCCUAUCAUUAAAACAGCAGCUACUGUUGUAGCAGCUUCUACUACAACAGCUAGUUCUACUUUAUUAACUCCUACUACUACUGCAAAAUCUCCUACCGACGCAGCGUCUAAUGCUACUGCAAAUACCCCUACCACUGCAACACAUCCUUCUACUGAAACAACUCAUAAUACUGUUACACCUAUAGCUACUGCAACAAAUCCUGCUACUGAAACAACUCAUAAUACUGUUACACCUACAGCUACUGCAACAAAUCCUGCUACUGAAACGACUCACAAUACUGUAACACCUACUGAUACUCCAACAACUCCUAAUACUUCAGCAUCUACUACUGCAUCAACGCCCAGUACAAUUUCAACACCUGCUUCUACUGUAACAGCUCCUACUACUCCGGAAACAACGUCUUCUCAUUGUACAUCAACACCAGAUUUGACUACUACUUCACCUCCGGAUGGAAUACCGGAGUUUGUUCUGGUAGAAAAUGGCACAGUUUGCAUUAUUCUUAAAGCCAAUCUUCAAUUAUACGUCACUUAUUUCUCUGAUAAAUCUUCUUUGACUAAAAUACUCAUCGUCAACCAAGACGUCAAUGUUAGUGGUUCGUGUAGGUCUGAGGAGGAGAGGAUUACUUUUAAAUGGCUUGCUGGCCAACUUCCUGAUGAAUUCAGCCUAACCAUGAAACUUGUACAACUGCCAAAAUCUCCUUCUAAACUUGGGGGCUCUGUUGUCCGUGGUGUCCAUUUCGAGUAUUUUCUUUCCUCCGAUGUCUUCCCAUCUACCAACACUACCGGUCAUAAAAAUGCUAGUGUUGAAGGUUCGUUUUUCGAAACCCCUGCCGCUAUGGGCUUUACUUGUUCUGCGCAACAGAAUAUCACGAUGGGUAAUGUUGUUCUUGGCGUUUCUCAUCUUCAUUUGGAAGCCUUCCGAAACUCUUCAUCACGCCAUUUCAAUGAGAAAGCUAUGGAUUGUACGGACAUUCCUGCAUCAAAUCAAGUUGUGCCGAUUAUUGUCGGUUUAACGGCUGCCAUCUUGAUUUUGCUUGCCCUUUCUGCCUUCUUCAUUGUGAAUCGUAGACGAGCUCAGGGGUACCAGGUUCUCUAA